GGUGCCAGAGUCCGUCCAGAGCCAUUCUCAACAGCGCCGCUUUGCUAAGAGGAAUAUUGUCCUCCUCUCGUUCUGUUUGGGGUGCAGAGUUGGGCACCAGAGUCCGUCCAGAGCCAUUCUCAACGGCGCCUCUUUGCUGAGAGGAGUAUUUCCCUCAUUGACACCAUAUUUUGGGGUUUGUUUAGUGCACUCUUGGAUACCCCAAGGUGUCUUCUCUGAGGAGAGAAGAAGAAGCAGCAGCAGCCAUCCCGAGCCAUUCCCAACGGCGUCGCUGCUCCUGAUGGGAAUCCUCCCCUUAGAGAUCCCUUUGGAUAGGCUUUCUAAGGGGGUGCCACUCCGUCAAGGCGCUGUGGUGGCCCCAAGGCAAUGCCAGCGCUUCUACAGGAAGGAGGGCCGUUAAAGCGAGAGCGCAGGUCCCUUUUCUGCGUGUGAGCGCGUCGACACGCGUGUCUCUCUCUCUCUUUGCCCCCGUCGGGGAGCGCGAUGCUGGAGUCCUCCUCCUCCUCCUCCUUCUUCUCCUCCUCCGCGUCAAGGUUGCUGGGGUGGGAUCCCAGGAAGGCUCUCCACGCCGAGCUGUGACACACACACACUCACGCGCGCACACAUACACACAACCCACGCAUCGCACCAACACACACACACACACACACACACAGAGCUCGGCGCCAAGUCCUCUCCGUCUCAAAGAAAGAAGGAUAGGAAGGAGGCGAAAAGGAAGACGAGGAAGAAGAGAAGAGGAAGAAGAAGCAGGAGGGAGGAGAGGAAAGGAAAGGAAGAGGAGGGGGAGGUUUGGGCAAGGCAGAAAGGGAGCCCGACGCGCGUUAACGGCGGCGAGGAGGAGGAGGGGGCACGCUCCACUCCCGGCCGCUCUCCCGCUUGCUUUUCCCUCUCCCUCCGAGGAGAGAGAGAGAGAGAGAAAGAGAGAGAGAGAAAGAGAGGCAGCAGCACAAGAUGCAACGGAUCUGCUGCUACUGCAAAGGAGCCACCUGGCCCAGGGAAGCCGCCACCACCGCCGCCGCCUCUUCCUCUUCUUCUUCCUCUUCCUCCUCCGAUCUGGGGCAAAGGGGAUGUGUGAGACGCCAACGCCAACGCCGCCCCCAUUGCCCGGACUUCUUGGGUCUCAUCUUGGGCAAGAUCAUGGGCAUGCCGAGUGGAUUUACCUUGGGGAACCUCGUCUUUUUCUGGAUGCUGUCCUGCGUGAAAGGUUUUAUUUAUACAUGUGGUGGAACUUUAAAAGGACUCAAUGGAACUAUAGAAAGCCCUGGCUUCCCAUAUGGAUAUCCAAAUGGUGCAAAUUGCACGUGGGUAAUAAUUGCAGAAGAAAGAAACAGAAUACAGAUAGUUUUUCAAUCUUUUGCUCUAGAAGAAGAAUAUGAUUAUUUAUCAUUAUAUGAUGGACAUCCUCAUCCUACAAACUUCAGGACAAGGUUAACGGGAUUUCAUCUUCCUCCACCUGUGACGAGUACAAAAUCUGUAUUUUCACUAAGACUGACCAGUGACUUUGCAGUGAGUGCCCAUGGAUUUAAAGUAUAUUAUGAAGAAUUACAGAGCAGUUCUUGUGGAAAUCCUGGAGUUCCACCCAAAGGUGUUUUAUACGGAACAAGAUUUGAUGUUGGUGACAAAAUCAGAUACAGCUGUGUGACGGGAUAUAUUCUGGAUGGACACCCCCAACUCACCUGUAUAGCCAACACAAUAAACACAGCCUCUUGGGAUUUCCCUGUUCCUAUCUGCAGAGCUGAAGAUGCGUGUGGAGGGACAAUGAGGGGAUCCAGCGGCAUCGUCUCGAGCCCUAAUUUUCCCAACGAGUACCACAACAAUGCAGACUGCACAUGGACCAUCGUGGCUGAACCUGGAGACACAAUUUCCCUCAUAUUUACAGAUUUUCAAAUGGAAGAAAAAUAUGAUUACUUGGAAAUAGAAGGAUCAGAACCACCAACCAUUUGGUUAUCUGGAAUGAAUAUCCCACCUCCAAUUAUCAGCAACAAAAACUGGCUAAGACUUCAUUUUGUAACAGACAGCAACCACCGAUAUCGUGGAUUUAGUGCUCCUUAUCAAGGUUCUUCUUCCACUUUGACCCAAACUGCCUCCACUGGUGAGUUAGAGGAGGAUAUUGCGGCAACUGCUGGUGACAUUUCUGUUGCUAGCACAUCUGCUGAUGUUACUGUAUCCAGUGUUACUACUGUCACCAACCAUAGAGUUUCCGAAGAACAGCGAGGGCAAGCUGUGAAUCUCAGGAAAUCAGAUCUGGAAUUCGCCACUUCAAAGGAAUCGCUCUCCCUUCAAUCAGCAAAUACCCAAAGUACCAGAAGACGACCACGAAAUGCUGAGCAGAUAGAAAGAACUAAAGAGCUUGCAGUUGUUACUCAUAGAGUGAAAAAGGCCAUAGAUUUUAAAUCUAGAGGAUUUAAAUUGUUUCCAGGGAAAGACAACAGCAACAAGUUUUCUAUCUUAAAUGAAGGAGGCAUUAAACAGGCAUCCAAUUUGUGUCCGGAUCCUGGAGAACCUGAAAAUGGAAAACGGCUAGGCUCAGAUUUUAGCCUGGAUGCAACAGUACAGUUUUCUUGUGAUGAAGACUAUGUGCUUCAGGGAGCAAAAAGUAUCACUUGUCAAAGAAUAGCAGAAGUUUUUGCAGCAUGGAGUGAUCAUAGACCUGUGUGCAAAGUAAAGACUUGUGGAUCUAAUCUUCAGGGUCCUGGUGGUACCUUCACAUCCCCCAACUUCCCAUUCCAGUAUGACAGUAAUGCACAGUGUGUGUGGGUUAUCACAGCUAUCAAUCCAAACAAGGUUAUUCAAAUUAAUUUUGAAGAAUUUGAUCUGGAAAUUGGUUAUGACACUCUAACAAUUGGUGAUGGAGGAGAAGUAGGAGAUCCUAAAACAGUACUUCAAGUGUUAACGGGAAGCUUCGUGCCAGAUUUAAUUGUCAGCAUGAACAAUCAGAUGUGGCUGCACCUUCAAACUGAUGAAAGUGUGGGCUCAAUUGGCUUCAAAGUUAACUACAAAGAGAUUGAGAAAGAAAGCUGUGGGGAUCCUGGUACUCCAUUGUAUGGCAUUAGAGAAGGGGAUGGAUUUUCCAACCGUGAUGUGUUAAGGUUUGAGUGUCAGUUUGGGUUUGAACUCAUUGGAGAAAAAUCUAUUGUUUGUCAAGAGAACAACCAGUGGUCAGCAAAUAUACCGAUCUGCAUUUUUCCUUGCCUUUCUAAUUUCACGGCACCGAUGGGAACUGUUCUUUCUCCUGACUACCCAGAAGGUUAUGGAAAUAAUUUGAACUGCAUCUGGACAAUCAUCUCAGAUCCUGGGAGCCGAAUUCAUCUCUCUUUUAAUGAUUUUGACUUGGAAUCUCAGUUUGACUUUCUUGCCAUUAAAGAUGGUGACUUUUCAGAUUCUCCAGUACUUGGCACAUUCACUGGAGCUGAAGUGCCAUCCCAUCUGACUAGUAAUAGUCAUAUUUUGCGUCUGGAAUUUCAAGCUGACCACUCAAUGUCAGGUCGGGGAUUUAACAUCACAUAUAACACUUUUGGGCACAAUGAGUGUCCUGAUCCUGGAAUACCAAUCAAUGCACGCCGGUUUGGUGACAACUUUCAGUUGGGAAGUUCAAUCUCUGUCAUUUGUGAAGAAGGUUUUAUUAAGACUCAAGGAACUGAAACAAUUACUUGUGUACUGGUGGAUGGAAAAGUUAUGUGGAGUGGGCCUAUUCCUAAGUGUGGAGCUCCAUGUGGUGGGCAUUUUUCUUCUCCCAGUGGAGUUAUCCUUUCUCCAGGCUGGCCUGGGUAUUAUAAAGACUCCUUGAAUUGUGAGUGGGUGAUUGAAGCUGAACCAGGACACUCUAUCAAAAUUACAUUUGAAAGAUUCCAGACAGAACUCAACUAUGAUGUGCUUGAAGUGCAUGAUGGACCAAAUCUUUUAUCACCACUUCUGGGAUCUUACAAUGGUACACAAGUCCCCCAAUUUCUGUUCAGCAGCAGCAAUUUCAUUUACCUACUUUUUACAACAGAUAACAGUCGUUCUAAUAAUGGAUUCAAGAUACAUUAUGAAAGUGUAACAGUUAAUACCUAUUCAUGUUUGGAUCCUGGCAUACCUGUUCAUGGUCGGCGUUAUGGGCAUGACUUUUCCAUUGGCUCAACGGUAUCAUUUGGAUGUGAUUCAGGCUAUAGACUGAGUCAUGAAGAGCCUUUGCUAUGUGAAAAGAACCAUUGGUGGAGUCACUCACUUCCUACUUGUGAUGCUUUGUGUGGAGGAGAUGUGAGAGGACCAAGUGGAACUAUUUUAUCUCCAGGUUACCCUGAACUCUAUCCCAAUUCACUCAACUGCACAUGGACUGUGGAUGUUACUCAUGGAAAAGGAGUGCAGUUCACUUUUCACACCUUUCAUUUGGAAGAUCAUCAUGACUACUUACUAAUCACAGAAAAUCGCAGUUUUACUCAGCCGUUGGCACGCCUGACUGGCUCUGAACUUCCAUCAGCAAUCAAUGCUGGUCUCUAUGGAAAUUUCAGGGCUCAGUUGCGCUUUAUUUCUGACUUUUCAAUAUCAUAUGAAGGAUUUAAUAUUACCUUCUCGGAAUAUAAUCUUGAGCCCUGUGAGGAUCCUGGAACUCCUCAAUUUGGGAGCAGAAUAGGAUCUAACUUUGGAGUAGGAGACACUCUAAUCUUUUCCUGUUCAUCUGGAUAUCGCUUAGAGGGGGUGUCAGAGAUUAUCUGUCUUGGAGGCGGCCGAAGAGUGUGGAGUGCACCUCUGCCCAGGUGUGUGGCGGAAUGUGGGGCUUCUGCAACAAGUAAUGAAGGCAUUUUGUUGUCCCCUAAUUACCCACUCAACUAUGAAAACAACCAUGAAUGUAUUUACAGCAUUCAAGUACAAGCAGGGAAGGGAAUCAAUAUUUCUGCCAGAACGUUUCAUUUAGCACAAGCAGAUGUUCUUAAGAUAUAUGAUGGGAAGGAUAAUACAGCACACAUGCUGGGAGCAUUUACUGGAGCUUCACUCCGAGGAUUGACACUAAGCAGUACUUCAAAUCAUAUUUGGCUUGAGUUUAAUUCUGAUUCGGAGGGAACAGAUGAAGGUUUCCAACUUGUUUAUACUAGUUUUGAACUUUCUCAUUGCGAGGAUCCAGGUGUGCCACAGUUUGGGUACAAGAUAAGUGACCAAGGACACUUUGCUGGCAGUACCAUCAUUUAUGGAUGCAACCCUGGUUACACUUUGCAUGGAAGUAGCCUCUUGAAGUGCAUGACAGGAGAAAGACGGGCAUGGGACUAUCCUCUUCCAUCUUGUAUCGCUGAAUGUGGGGGACGCUUUAAAGGAGAAUCCUCAGGAAGAAUCUUAUCUCCAGGCUAUCCUUUUCCUUAUGACAAUAAUCUGAGGUGUAUGUGGAUGAUUGAAGUUGAUCCAGGAAAUAUUGUCAGCCUCCAGUUCCUUGCAUUUGAUACUGAAGCAUCACAUGAUAUUCUCCGUGUCUGGGAUGGUCCACCUGAAAAUGACAUGCUGUUAAAAGAAAUCAGUGGCUCCCUUAUUCCAGAAGGCAUCCACAGCACUCUCAACAUAGUUACAAUUCAAUUUGACACAGACUUCUAUAUCAGCAAAUCUGGAUUUGCCAUUCAGUUUUCAAGUUCUGUGGCCACAGCAUGUCGUGAUCCAGGAGUUCCCAUGAAUGGAACUCGAAAUGGAGAUGGAAGAGAACCUGGAGACACUGUCAUUUUUCAGUGUGACCCUGGCUAUGAAUUGCAAGGAGAUGAACGAAUAACCUGCAUUCAGGUAGAAAAUCGGUACUUCUGGCAGCCCAACCCACCAGUUUGUAUAGCACCUUGUGGAGGAAAUCUGACAGGUUCAUCAGGUUUUAUUCUUUCACCAAACUUCCCUCAUCCUUAUCCCCAUAGUAGAGACUGUGACUGGACGAUCACUGUUAAUAAUGAUUAUGUGAUAUCUUUAGCAUUUAUCAGCUUCAGUAUAGAACCAAACUAUGACUUUCUCUAUAUCUAUGAUGGGCCAGACAGCAAUAGUGCACUAAUUGGGAGCUUUCAAGAUAGCAAGCUACCAGAAAGGAUAGAAAGUAGUUCAAACUCAAUGCACUUGGCUUUUCGAAGUGAUGGAUCUGUUAGUUUUACUGGUUUCCACCUGGAGUAUAAAGCCAAACUUCGUGAGUCCUGCUUCGAUCCUGGGAACAUAAUGAAUGGCACAAGACUUGGAAUGGAUUAUAAAUUGGGGUCAACAGUCACAUAUUACUGUGAUGCUGGCUACAUUCUCCAAGGUUACUCUACACUCACAUGUAUCAUGGGAGAUGAUGGAAGACCUGGAUGGAAUAGGGCUUUACCAAGCUGCCAUGCACCUUGUGGAAGUCGUUCUACAGGUUCAGAAGGCACAGUUUUAUCUCCAAACUACCCUAAAAACUACAGUAUAGGACACAACUGCAUUUAUUCCAUUGCAGUACCAAAGGAAUUUGUGGUUUUUGGGCAGUUUGUAUUUUUCCAGACAUCACUGCAUGAUGUUGUUGAGGUAUAUGACGGUCCAACUCAGCAGUCAUCUUUAUUAUCUUCUCUGUCAGGAUCUCAUUCAGGAGAAUCCCUUCCACUGAGCUCAGGGAACCAGAUUACCAUCCGAUUUACUUCAGUUGGACCUGUGACAGCUAAGGGAUUCCACUUUGUGUACCAAGCGGUUCCAAGAACAAGCUCAACACAGUGUAGUUCAGUUCCUGAACCACGAUAUGGAAAAAGAAUUGGCAAUGAAUUUGCAGUUGGUUCAGUGGUUCUUUUUGAGUGUAAUCCAGGCUACAUACUCCGUGGAUCAAUCGCAAUUAGAUGUGACACAGUGCCCAAUGCCUUGGCACAGUGGAACGAUUCCCUUCCUACAUGUGUUGUGCCCUGUGGAGGAAUUUUAACUAAGCGUAAGGGAACCAUAUUGUCUCCUGGAUAUCCUGAGCCUUAUGACAACAAUCUGAAUUGUGUCUGGAAGAUCACAGUGCCGGAAGGAGCUGGAAUUCAAGUGCAAGUUAUAAGCUUUGCAACAGAGCAUAACUGGGACUCUUUGGACUUUUAUGAUGGCUCUGAUAAUAAUGCUCCAAGACUUGGAAGCUAUUCAGGGACUACAAUACCACCACUUCUCAACAGUACAUCCAACAACCUGUACCUUAAUUUUCAGUCAGAUAUUAGUGUGUCAGCUGCUGGAUUUCACUUGGAGUACACAGCAAUAGGUUUGGACUCUUGCCCUGAACCACAGACACCAAGCAGUGGAAUCAAGAUUGGAGACAGAUACAUGGUUGGAGAUGUAGUUUCUUUUCAGUGUGACCAAGGAUAUUCUCUUCAGGGACAUUCACAUAUCACCUGUAUGCCUGGACCAGUAAGAAGAUGGAAUUAUCCCAUACCAAUUUGCUUAGCACAGUGUGGUGGUUCUAUGUCAGACUUCAGUGGAGUAAUCCUUAGCCCUGGAUUUCCUGGGAAUUAUCCCAGCAGCUUGGAUUGCACAUGGACCAUCAAGCUGCCUAUUGGAUUUGGUGUCCACUUGCAAUUUGUCAACUUUUCAACAGAGACAAUUCAUGAUUAUUUGGAAGUAAGAAGUGGAUCAACAGAUAUUAGUACAGUUAUUGGGAGACUCAGUGGCCCACAACUACCAUCUUCUCUUUUCAGUACAACACAUGAAACUAGCUUAUAUUUUCACAGUGACUAUUCUCAGAAUAAACAAGGGUUUCAUAUAGUGUAUCAAGCAUAUCAGUUGCAAAGUUGUCCUGAUCCACGACCCUUUCGCAACGGUUUUGUCAUUGGAACUGACUUUACUGUGGGGCAAACAGUUUCAUUUGAGUGUUUUCCGGGAUAUACUUUAAUUGGAAAUUCAGCUCUUACUUGUCUUCAUGGAAUCAGCCGUAACUGGAACCAUCCUUUACCAAGGUGUGAAGCUCUUUGCGGUGGAAAUAUAACUGCUAUGAAUGGUACUAUAUAUUCGCCAGGAUAUCCUGAUGAAUAUCCGAAUUUCCAAGACUGUUUUUGGCUUGUUAAAGUACCACCUGGGAAUGGAAUUUAUAUCAAUUUUACUGUUCUUCAGACAGAACCAAUAUAUGAUUUCAUAACUGUUUGGGAUGGACCUGACCAAAGUUCACCGCAGAUUGGUCAGUUUAGUGGAAACACAGCAUUGGAAUCUGUCUACAGCACUUCAAAUCAGAUACUCAUAAAAUUCCAUAGUGACUUCACAACAAGUGGCUUCUUUGUGCUGAGUUAUCAUGCAUAUCAACUCCGAGUGUGUCAGGCACCAGCUGCUGUACCAAAUGCUGAAAUCCUGACUGAGGAUGAUGAAUUUGAAAUAGGAGACAUAAUAAGGUACCAGUGUCUACCAGGCUUUACAUUAGUUGGUAAUGAGAUUCUGACAUGUAGACUGGGAGAGAGGCUACAGAUGGAUGGAGUACCUCCUGCUUGUCAAGGUUUUCUGUUACUAUGUCCGGCAAAUGAAUUACGUCUGGAUUCUACUGGAGUGAUUAUGAGCCCUGGCUAUCCAGAUAGUUAUCCAAAUCUUCAGAUGUGUGCAUGGACCAUUACUGUGGAAAAGGGUUACAACAUCAGCCUUUAUUUUGAAUUCUUCCAAACAGAAAAGGAAUUUGACAUACUUGAGGUGUUUGAUGGACCAAAUAGUCACAGUCCCUUGUUAAUCUCUCUAAGUGGAGAUUACUCGUCAACUCUAAAUAUAACAAGCACGGGCCAUGAAGUAUUUCUCCGAUGGUCAGCAGACCAUGGAACAAACAAGAGGGGUUUCAGGAUAAGAUAUAUAGCUCUUUAUUGCAGUACUCCAGAGUCACCGCCUCAUGGAUUCAUAGUUAGUCAGACAGGUGGGCAGCUCAACAGUGUGGUUCGGUGGGCUUGUGACCGAGGAUUUCGGCUCAUUGGAAAAAGCACUGCUGUGUGCAGGAAGUCUCUCCAUGGAUAUUAUGCAUGGGAUGUACCUGUCCCAGCAUGUCAAGCUAUCUCUUGUGGGAUUCCCAAAGCUCCAGUAUAUGGUGGAAUAUUAACAACAGAUUAUCUAGUCGGAACCCGGGUUACAUAUUUUUGCAAUGAUGGGUACAGGUUGUCAUCUAAAGAACUUACAACUGCAGCCUGUCAACCAGAUGGCACCUGGAGCAACCAUAACAAAACACCCCGUUGUGUAGUUGUUACAUGCCCAAGUAUCAAUUCAUUCUCCUUGGAACAUGGAAGAUGGAGGAUAGUGAAUGGAUCUCAUUAUGAAUACAAAACAAAAGUUGUUUUCAAUUGUGACCCUGGAUACCAUGGGUUGGGACCAGAAUCUAUUGAAUGUCUUGCCAAUGGUACUUGGAGUUGGAGAAAUGAGAGGCCAUAUUGCCAAAUUAUUUCCUGUGGAGAACUUCCAAUUCCACCAAAUGGGAAUAAAAUUGGAACUCAGAUCACAUAUGGCUCGACUGCUAUCUUUACUUGUGACUUAGGAUUCAUGCUGGUGGGAUCAGCUGUAAGGGAAUGCCUGUCUUCUGGACUUUGGAGUGGAACUGAAACAAGGUGCUUAGCUGGCCACUGUGGAAUUCCUGAGUUUAUUGUCAAUGGUCAAGUAAUUGGAGAAAAUUAUGGCUACAGAGACACUGUUGUAUAUCAGUGCAAUCCUGGCUUUCGACUCAUUGGCUCUUCUGUACGGAUUUGUCAGCAAGAUCACAACUGGUCUGGUCAGCUUCCAUCCUGUGUGCCUAUUAGCUGUGGCCAUCCCGGUAGUCCAAUUUAUGGAAGAACGAGUGGAAAUGGUUUCAACUUUAAUGAUGUUGUGACAUUCUCUUGCAAUACUGGUUAUGUUAUGCAAGGACCAACCAAAGCCCAGUGCCAAGCGAACAGACAGUGGAGUCAUCCUCCUCCAAUAUGCAAAGUGGUCAACUGUACUGACCCAGGAAUCCCUGCAAAUUCUAUAAGAGAAAGUAAAAUUGAACAUGGAAAUUUCACCUAUGGUACAGUUGUUUUUUAUGACUGCAAUCCUGGAUAUUUUUUAUUUGGAUCUUCAGUUUUAGUCUGCCAGCCCAAUGCUCACUGGGAUAAACCCCUGCCAGAGUGCAUUAUGAUUGACUGUGGUCAUCCUGGCAUUCCUCCAAACGCAGUCCUUUCUGGGGAGAAAUACACAUUUGGAUCCACUGUUCGUUAUUCUUGUACAGGAAGACGGUCACUAAUAGGUCAUCCAUCUCGGACAUGUCAGUUAAAUGGACACUGGAGUGGAUCUAUGCCUCAUUGCUCAGGUAACACAGCAGGGUCUUGUGGAGAUCCUGGGAUACCUGGUCAUGGUUCUAGAGAAGCAAGCAAUUUCAGAGUAAAAAGUGUUGUGCAGUUCUCUUGUGAGCUUGGCUAUAUCCUUCAUGGAUCAGAAGAACGAACUUGUCUUGUAAAUGGAAGUUGGACAGGAAGGCAACCAGAAUGUAAAGCUAUCCAGUGUGGCAACCCUGGGACACCAGCUAAUGGGAAAGUGUUUCGAAUAGAUGGUACCACAUUCGCUAGUUCUGUGAUAUAUUCCUGCAUGGAAGGGUACAUCUUAUCUGGAUCUUCUGUUAGACAGUGUACUGCAAAUGGAACAUGGUCUGGCUCUUUGCCAAAUUGCACAAUAAUCAGCUGCGGGGACCCAGGUAUACCUGCCAAUGGACUGAGGUAUGGUGAUGAUUACGUUGUUGGACAAAAUGUCAUAUAUAUAUGCCAACCUGGUUACACAAUGGAAUCCAACAGUUCCCAAUUUCGUACUUGUACCACUAACGGCACGUGGAGUGGAAUGCUUCCAGCAUGUAAAGCUGUUACCUGCCCACCACCACCCCAGAUUUCUAAUGGAAGACAGGAAGGAACAAAUUUUGACUGGGGAUUUAGUAUUAGUUAUAUCUGCUCGCCUGGCUAUGAGCUAUCGUUUCCUGCUGUUUUGACCUGCGUUGGGAAUGGAACGUGGAGUGGUGAAGUACCUCAGUGCUUGCCAAAGUUUUGUGGUGAUCCAGGAAUACCAGCUCAAGGCAGAAGGGAAGGCAAGAGCUUUAUUUAUCAAUCAGAAGUCUCCUUCAGUUGUAAUCUCCCAUUUAUAUUGGUUGGUUCUAGUACUCGGAUAUGCCAAGCAGAUGGUACUUGGAGUGGAUCCUCCCCUCGUUGCAUAGAGCCUUCACGCACAGCAUGCGAAAACCCCGGAGUUCCUCGCCAUGGAUCGCAAAAUGAUACAUUUGGAUAUCAGGUAGGAAAUAUUGUACAGUUUCACUGCAGAAAAGGAUACCUACUUCAAGGUUCUACAACUCGAACCUGCCUUCCUGACCUUACCUGGAGUGGGAUUCAGCCAGAAUGCAUACCUCACAGUUGUAAACAGCCAGAAUCACCAGCUCACACAAAUGUUGCUGGAAUGGAUCUCCCCUCUCUUGGUUAUACCCUCAUAUACACCUGCCAACCAGGAUUCUUUCUAGCAGGAGGAUCGGAACAUAGAGUCUGUAGAUCUGAUGGCACUUGGACAGGAAAAGUUCCUGUGUGUCAAGCUGGUUCCAAAAUAUUGGUGAAAGACCCGAGGCCAGCUUUAGGAACACCAAGUCCUAAACUUAAUGUUCCUGAUGAUGUUUUUGCUCAGAAUUACAUAUGGAAAGGUUCCUACAAUUACAAGGGGAAAAAACAGCCUAUGACCUUGACAAUUACUAAUUUUAACUCAACAUCAGGAAGAGUAAAUGCAACACUUACUAAUAGCAAUAUGGAGCUACUACUUUCAGGGGUGUAUAAAAGCCAAGAGGCACGUUUAAUGCUCCAUAUAUAUUUCAUUAAAGCACCAUCCCAAACUGCCUUGAACAAACUGAAGGAGGAAAAAUGGGCAAUGGAUGGCUUUGUUUCUGCUGAGCCUGAUGGUGCUACCUAUGUUUUCCAAGGAUUUAUCCAGGGUAAAGAUUAUGGGCAAUUUGGACUUCAAAGACUAGGACUUAAUAUGACUGAAGGUUCAAAUUCAUCAAACCAACCACAUGGAACAAAUAGCAGUUCUGUGGCCAUUGCUAUUCUCGUGCCUUUCUUUGCCCUUAUUUUAGCAGGAUUUGGGUUUUACCUUUAUAAACAAAGAACUGCACCUAAAACUCAAUAUACAGGCUGUUCUGUACACGAAAAUAACAAUGGACAAGCUGCUUUCGAAAACCCUAUGUAUGACACCAAUGCAAAAUCUGUUGAAGGGAAGGCCGUACGAUUUGAUCCCAACUUGAACACAGUUUGCACAAUGGUAUAACAUUGUGAAGACCUGACUUCUGUUAUCAGAAAACUGAAACACAACACAGUGAACACAUCGUUCAUUGAUUUUUUUUAAAAAAAAACUAAAUGAAAAAAUUUAAAGCACACUUUUCAGGAUUUCCUGGGUCACCAUCUCCUGAAGAUGCGAGAGAAGGAGAGACAAGAGUAGGUUUCUUUUUUCAUGAACUGGAAAAAAAUAUAUUGACUUCAUGAUUACAGUGGAGUGUUUUACAGAAAGUCUGCUGCACUCCAUGAGUGCUUACUCAGUUUAUUUGCUUUUUUAAAAAAGAAGACUAUUCUAAAAAAAUAAAAAAUAAAAAUAAAACAUAUUUGCAUAUAUUGGAGGAGCAUCCACUAUCAGUACUUCUGUGCUUUAUAAACUAUGCUAGAGGGACUGGGUUUAAAACAACAAAAUAAAUGAUAUAUGGUAGAAAUUAAGAGUUAUUUACAGGAGACCACAAGGGUUACUGACUUCUCUUGAACAAUCACAAACCAUAUCUUCCCCUCCUCUCCCCCCGCAAAAAACCCCAAAAUCUGUUUCUAUUCUCUUCCAGUUCUAUCUUCCCUUUUAGGUACAUUUUGUGUCUCUUGCCCUACUCCUGGGUACCUAUGAAUUUCUUAGAUUAUGCUGUGACCAUUAAUAGGCUUUGGUUUGCAAGUUCAGCCUAUUAUUUCUAUGCCAUGGUGGUAUAAUUAUAAGUCAUGUCUCCUUUAUUUCAUGUGUUUAAUUCCUUGCACAUUGUCAGCUUUCACUGCUUGCUUCAUGCUAAUUUCUCCUGUGUCAGUCAGCUUCCAUUCAGUCACAUUAUUUCCCCCCAAAACCACCAAUCUGAUAACAGUCUCAAAAGAGUGGAGAUGUGCUGUACUAAUUAAUUUGAGUUUUGCAACUCUUCAACAGUCUAUGAUGUUGAAGGCUUUUCUCAAAAUUCCCAUUAAACAUUGUUCCCUUCCCUGUACAGGAAUUUGAAAUCUCCACUCCACUGGCAAGUCAAAUGUCUUUGUUUUGAAAUUUUCAUAUGAGCAGAAACCAUUAUGGUACAAUAAUGUUACCACCUAGUUGAAUCCCCACCACGAAAUAGAGACUAGACACAAGAUAUGGAGAAAUCAUGGGGCAUUUAUUGACCUAAUUAAAAACUGGUAAUUGAACUAAAUGACUAGUUGUGGGGGUACACUCCAUCAUGGGCAAUAGCAUGAGGCCAGAUAUCAUUCCCUGACCACCUGCCAAGCCAACUACUGGGCGAAGCACUUGACUCCGAGGGUACUCCACAUUGAUGGUUGGCUCUCCUGGCCAGUCAUUACUGGAAGGCUGUCUCUGGGGAUCUCCCUCCCAAGCAACAUAACCCAAUAGGACAGAGGUAAACCCCCCAAGUAAGCCCCAAUGAGAUAUUUUGGAAACCCCCUAAGCCAUAUAACUUAUAGAGGUUGACCCAAAAGUUCCCCUUCACCCCAAAAUGGAGGGGUGCCAAGGUGUGCAUUAAUCCAUGUUCUCCCCCCACUUCCUGCCAGUGAGACCUAUUUAUGACAGCUUCAGCCUUUUAAAAUCCUUACUCCCAGCAGCUUCAAUAUGGGGUAGGCAAAAAAACCCUUCCUCUUGAGGAGGGAAAAAAUCCUACCUGACCCUACUGUGACCAGUAUCACCUCAUAUUGAAGUGAAGUGGAGGGGGGGGGGUAGCGCUGCCAAAGGCUGAAUGCAGCAGGGAGGGGCUAACUACAGAAAGUUUACUUUAAGCCCCUCUCCUCUGCAAACUGGUGAGAACACCAAUCUAGGAAACCUGGUCUUGUCAAGGUGGAGGAUUCAAAGGCUCCCCUCCGGUCAUACAGUUGGCCCUUCUGUCCAGAGGCGAAUUAUAAUAAUGCAUAUUAAGCAUUAUAUUUCACAUCCUACUCAGACAUCUGCACUACAGGUCCUGCUUCCACACUGUGUUAAAUGCUGUACACAGGUUAUGAUUAAAGGUCAGAGAAACUGCAGCCAUUAAAGUAUACACUUUAAUCCAUUAGUACAUUUAAUUCUCCAGUGCAUCCAUGGAGCAUCACCUCCACUUUCCCAGAUCUUCCACAUUAAUUCCAGUAGAUGCAGCAGCAUGGUACACUAAUGGAAUUUCAUAUUAGUUGGAAACCAUAAGGAUUUUCAUUGAGAGUCAAGAGCACAUAGCUCUCUGAACUUUUAUUCUCUCUACUGAAAUUAUUUUAUAGUGUAUUCUUUUGGAAGUGCAUUUAGCCUAAUCUUAAUAAAUUAUUUUUUUUUCUAAUUGGGUCUUAGAUCUUCAACUUACUUCUAUGGCAAAUAAAUUGUAAUUGAUUUAACAAAUGUAUAGCUCAAAAACUAGAAUAUGUUAAUUUUUCCCUACAUUUUAGAAACUGAUAAGUAAAUAUUACCAUAUUUACUUGAGUCUAACACACAACUUCUUUAGCUAAAGUACGUUGCUAAAAUUGAGAUAGGCACUAAAUUUGAUGAUGCAUUAAAAUCGCUCAUCUAAACUUGUCUGUAUUGAGAUCCUAGCUGGGAAUGGAGGAGGGAGAGGCAACAGUGACCAUGAAAAUGCAGGUGGGGUACUGAUGGUGGUGCAAAAUGGCUAGGGAGGCCAAAUGGAGGGGCACAGCUUCCCACCAGCCUUUUUGUGGCCACUACUGGCUUCCUACCAGAUCUUACAGAGAAAUAUGGCUUCCCUACAGAUUCUUCAUAGCCACCACCUCCUUGCGUUACAUUCCAUAGCAAAUCCAUUUUUUAAAAAAAUUUGAGGCACACAUUACAUUCAAUAGUGCAUUAUAUUCCAAUAAAUACAGAUAUUUGUUUAUAUCAUUAAAAGAAACCAAUCUUCCCAUGGGGAGAAAUAAUUUUGCAAUGGCAAAGUUUGCCUCAUUAUAAAGAACUCUGCCAGGAAUUAGUGAUUUCAGUGGGUAUACUGAAUCCUUUGCCAAAGCAGUGCCUGGCAUUACUGUGGCUGCAAAUGGUUAUGCCAGCACAAAUACUUUAAACACAGAAUGUUUAAUCCAGUUCCCAACCCAAUUGAGCCAAAGUAUUUGGAUUAAAUUUGAAUUGGUCCUGUAGAUUUCAGUCUGUUUGAUUUCAGUCUCAUUACAGUUCAUCAAUAAAAUGUUCUUCAUUGAGUUUCACUGGUCUUUGGUUUGAGUCCCCCCUCCCAAAAACCCCCCACUGUGCUUUAUCAUAAUAUGAAAUUUUAGUUAUUUUUGGAAUGUAAAUUAGUAUUUAUGUUCAUAAUAUAAAUUCUAUUGAGUUACAAUUUAUUCAUCUGCAGUAGUACAGUGUAUAUAAGGGUACAGAAAGCAAAAUACAGUAUCCUCUCUUUUUGUCUGAGCUAAGUAAUCAUAGGCCCAUUUUGUUCUUCUAUAAAAGAAUGCAAUUUUAGUUUUCUCAUUCCAUAACCGAAUUAUCAAAUGACAGUCUGAGUAAUUCUCUGCCAUAGUUCAUGGUCUUACUUUGAUAGCAUGAAAUCAUUUUGGACUCAUCAAUGCUGUACAUGAGCUGGUGUGAAUUACCGAGCAGUACUGUCUCUUCCCACACAUAACGUUGUGAAAAUCAAAUUUUAUUAACAUUAUAGAGAGUGCCUACCAAAAGAAAAAGAAAUGAAAUCUUCCCCAUGCCCUAAUCCAUAAUUAUACCCAGGAUUGCUGCUUGGAUUUCUAUGGUGUUUAAUGGAUUUUCUUAGAAAUCAUUUUACAAACUUUUGUUUGGAGAACUCAUACACUUCUGUCCAGGAACUGUCUUCUACUAAAAGAAUGCCAUUUUUAUAUUUUAUACCAUCAGUUUGUUAUUUAUUCUUGUUUAUUCCAAUGAUUGCAAUAAUGAUGAUUCAUUCAUUAAUGUUAAGGUUAAUACAUUUGAGACCUUGUUUGAAAUCUUGUUUCUUCUGCAACUGGCUACUCCUCUUAUAUUAAUGCAUACAAUUUUGUAAAGAAGUCUAUUUUUAUGAAAAAAAGAAUUUGUAAAAGUAUGAUGUAAAUUUUCAGUGCAAUGUAAACAAAAUAAAAAUGAAUAAUUGCUUUUGUAA